UCUCGGGCUGCCGGCCGCGCUCACUUGCUCUGCGCUCACUCGCGCGGAGGUUUCCCCGCCGGCCGCGUCCCGUCCGCUCCCUGCGAACCAGGAGUGCCCCCUGCGCGCCCCCGGGCUCCGCUCCGGCCCGGCUGCGCCAGACGCAGCUCUGCCCGACGGCGACAUGGGCGUCCCCCGAGUCCCGGAGGCUGGCACCUGGCGCUGGGGGCCUGUGCUCCUCGCCUUCUUCCUGGCUGCCUCCCGAGGUCUGGUGGCAGCAUUCAAGGUCGCCACGCCGUAUUCCCUGUAUGUGUGUCCCGAGGGACAGAACGUCACUCUCACCUGCAGACUCUUGGGCCCCCUGGCCAAAGGGCACGACGUGACCUUCUACAAGACCUGGUACCGCAGCUCACGGGGUGAGGUGCAGGCCUGCUCGGAGCGCCGGCCCAUCCGCAACCUCACGUUCCAGGACCUUCACCUGCACCACAGCGGCCACCAGGCCAACUCCAGCCAGGAUCUGGCCCAGCGCCAUGGGCUGCAGUCAGCCUCUGACCACCACGGCAACUUCACCAUCACCAUGCGCAACCUGACCCUGCUGGACGGCGGCCUCUACUGCUGCCUGGUGGUGGAGAUCAGGCACCGCCACUCGGAGCAGCGGCUCUACGGAGCCAUGGAGCUGCAGGUGCAGAGAGGCGAAGAAGCACCAUCCAAGUGCACUGUGUACCCACCCUCCUCCAAGGAGAGUGAAAGCAUCACAGCUGCUGCCCUGGCUACGAGCGCCUGCAUCGUGGGCAUCCUCUGCCUCCCCCUCAUCCUGCUCCUGGUCUACAAGCAAAGGCAGGUGGCCUCCAACCGCCGUGCCCAGGAGCUGGUGCGGAUGGACAGCAACAACACUCAAGGAAUUGAAAACCCCGGCUUUGAGAUCCCUCCACCUUCCCAUGGGAUGCCAGAGACCAAGCCCAGGCAACCCCUGACCUAUGUGGCCCGGAGGCAGCCUUCUGAGUCUGGGCGGCAUCUGCUCUCUGAGCCCAACACUCCUCUGUCUCCACCAGGCCCCGGGGAUGUCUUCUUCCCCUCCCUAGACCCUGUCCCUGACUCUCCAAACUCUGAGGCCAUCUAGACCAGCUGGGGGCCGUGGGCAGUUGUGGCCGGGCCUGGGGCAGGUGCAUUUGAGCUAGGGCUGGCCCUCUGAGUGGUCCCUUGGCCUUGGCCCUGGUUUCUUUUCUCCUGCUCUAAGCUCAGACUCUUUGAAAUACCCCUGAUGGCCAGACCCUCAGCCUCUCUGGAUGCUACAUGGCAGAAGGGAGGUGUUGGAUCGCUCAGCCCCUGUCUCAAGGAUGGUGGGGUGCUGGGAUCCCACCCCAGAGGCCUGAAAUUCACCAGCUACUGAUGCCAAAUGACCAUCUUAGAAGCCCCAGAACUGCCAGCUGUGCGGCAGCCUCUCUCCCUGGGGCAUAAGCCUUGGGACCUGACAGCAGAGAUGGGCACUGGGCAGACUUCCCAGUGCCACCCUCUAGGCACGAGGCAUAGGACAAGAUGUGGAGAGACUCCUCCCCACCGUGGUGGACCCAGCUCCCCCAUCUCGCCUGAGACUGCUCAUCUGUCAAAGCUCUCUGUAAUCAUGAGGCUCUGGGGCUGGGCCUGCAUGACCCUGGGCCGUGGGAGCCUUCCCCAGCUGCCUUCUAGCAGCCAACUCUGAAGAGCCAUCAGCACGUUACACAAAUCUGGGGCUCCCACUGCCUGCACUCUGGUCCCCAGAAUUCAUUGGCCAGAAGCCCCAAAACGGGAAGUAUAUGCUGCGGCACGGUGGCCACUGUGAGCCAGCUGGCAUCUUGGGCAAUGGGAACCAGGCCAGAGGUUGCACCACCCACCACAGAUGGGAGUGGAGGGGAGAGCCAGGGGCCUGCUGGGAAGGUGAGAGGAGAGGGCUCCACCGCCUGCCCCCUGCGGUCGAGAGAGAUGGUGACCACAGAAUGUACUGCUCAAACUGUGAUGCUCUUGGGGUGCUAUUCAAAACUACUUGGGCAACAGUGCAAAACCUGUGGGUGGAUCGUAAGAGCUGGGUUUAAAUCCCUACCCUGCUUCCGAGGUGCCUGAGGCCCAGGGAGCCCUCUCCCCAACGCCACCCCAGUCAAUCUGUGCUGAGCCUUCACUGAAGCGUGAUCCUGUCGGGUGGCAGGAGCGGGCGUGUCCCUAGAAAGUCUUAUGCCCGCUCUGCUCUGGACCCUCUGCCCCACCUCCCGCUUCAGGACAUGACCUAAGUUUGUUUUUAUACACAUAUAUGAGGGGAGUCCUUUGUGGAAUUUCGAUUAAAGAGUUUUAGAGCAUGGAGAGCAGUGGGGAGGGGUCUCUGUACACUGUGGGGUGAAAACGGGUGGUGGGGCCCGAGAAGGGGAGGAGAAAGUUUGAGCUGGACAGAAGCCCCGGGCACUGCACUGUGGAGGGUGUCAUUUCAACUGGGCAUUCAUCUGCCAGCGGCCUACGCUGGCUCUGCUGAGCCAGGCCUGGGUGCUGAGAGCCAGGGCUUCAGGCCAGGCUAAGGGCCCAGCAGGCAGGGAGAAGCCCGCCGGGCCUGGUUGGGGACGGGAGUUGGGGUGGGAGAAGGGAACAGCUCAAGGCUCUCCAGCAGCAGUGAGCCCCGGGCCUGCAGGUGAAGCCAGGGAGCCCCUUGGUGGCCUCCAAAAGCUCCCUUCUCAGGCCCAAAACUGUAGGUCAACGUGGGCCUCUAGCUGUGCCUGGGGGCCUUGAGGAGAAGGUGGGCACAGGCCGUGGGCCUCGAGACUCUGCACUGGCUCCUCCAGUGGCCAGAAUGCUAAACCCUGGCUCCUGCUUUGUCCCUGGGGAUCUACCCCUCGGUUUCAUCUGCUGCUGGGGACUCAGUGCCAGCUGCCGCAGAAAGAGGGAGCUAUUCUCACAGCUUGUGGGGGCCCAGGGAGCAGGGAUGGGCAGGGUGAUACCUGCUCGAGGCAGGGCCAGGCUACCCCUAGGGUUGAAGGACAAGCCCAUGGACCAGCCUCCUCACGCCCCAGUGCAGAAAGAAUGCUCCUGCCCAAUGGGGAGGCUGGCCUGGCCCAACCUCAGCUUCUGACCUCAAGGCAGAGACAACUUCUAAGAAUUUGGCUGCCAGACCCUAGGGCCAGCUACGCUGUGUGGAGGAGGGCGGAGGCCCCGCAGCAGAAAGACACCACACUUCCUCCCCAGCUUCCUCCUGCAUGGCCUCGAGUUCUUCUUCUCUGGACCCUUACUAGCGAACAUAUCGCUUCGUGGUUUCCUGUUUUCAGUGAAAUUUACUCUGAGCUCCAGGCUCCAUCUUCAUCCAUGACAACACGCCCUGCCCCUAGCAACCCUAAAGGCACCCUCCCUGACGCUGUGGGGAGGGGCAGGGCACUAGGGUAUCCCUCUGUGCCCGCCCCAGGGUGGUAGUGCCUCUGGAGAUGCCAGCUCUGGUGGCCGGUUCCUACAGGCUCAGUGUCUGUGGGCUGGGGUGCAUGGAACGGAAUAGGGGAGCAAGAGCAUGGUGCCUGCCUCCAAGGAGGCUGGGAGGAGCCCUGGGGCCUUCUGGGCAGGGUGGGACUGAGGCAGGAAGCUCAUGGAUCAUGGCACUGUCUGAGGCCAUGGGAGGGAAAUUUGUGCUUUUAGGCACAAAGUCAUUGUUAAGAGAUGUAUCAGGAAUUCUGGGACCUGUAACCUAUCUCCUGAUGUUCACAUUUAAUAAAGAUCU